AUGCGGUUCUCAGACGACCCGGCCCGUCGCGGACACAAGAUUGUCUUCACCCAUGCUGACCUCAACGCGAGGAACAUCCUGGUGGAUUUGGUGCCGCUGCCGGACGGGACCACGGGGUGGCGGGUAACUGGGAUCGUGGACUGGGAAACGGCGGGUUAUUACCCUGAAUAUUGGGACUACACCAAGGCGCUAUUUGAGGGGUUACGAUGGGAGCCCCGGUUCCUCAAGAUGGUUCACCGAGUCUUUGCAGCGUUUGGGGAUUAUUCGAAGGAAUUGGAUGUUGAGAGGAGAGCGUGGGGAUCAGGAGACGCCGUGUAA